AUGAGAGCUAUUAUAAAAACAUCAUACUUUAAUUAACCAAAAUAAACUAAACAACCAAAAAAGUCAGAUCCUUAAAAGAUAAGAAAAGGAUUAGAAAAAUUGAAUAAUUAUUAUUUGAGAAAUCUUGCAAGUGCCUAUUAACCCUUGAUGAUAAAUAUGAUUGAAUAAAUGAAAAGAGAAUUUUAGAUCCUAGAACAAGUAUCAAAUAAUCUCAAUAUAAGUUUACCAAUAAAGUAAAUAAAAGGAAUUUAAAGGAAAUAUUUUUAGCUUGGAAAAAUUAAAGUUAAUAACCUCAACCCUAUAAAUUAUAAUUACCAUAUAGUCCACCAAAAAAGGAUUUAUAUAGAAAAAGUGCAGGUAAAAAGACAGUCUAAUCAAAAACUCCUAGAAAUGAAAUCAAGUUUUAUACACCAGGAAGAGAAUCUUCAAAAAGUGUUAUUACAACUAUCACAAAAGAAGAUGAUUAAUAAUCUAAUAAAAUUGCUGAUCUCUUUAGAUUAAGAAAAUAUUGGAAUAAAUUUAAACUAUUCUCUAAUUUUUAAAAACAUUUGGCAUUCAAAUCUAAACAUUUUAGAAACUUUUGCAUUAUAAGAAAAUAUUUUUAUAAGUUUUAAACUAUUGUAUAUCUAAAAAAAUUAAGACUAGAAGGUAAUUCUUUUUAAUCUAUUAUAGAAUAUUAGAAAUCUAAAAAUUUCUAUUCCUUAAGAAUAUCUUUCUCUAAAUGGUACGAAUAUGGACAAAAAAAAAAGAGACAUCAAUUCAUUUUGGCUAAACAAAAUUAAAAAUUAAAAUUAUUGCUUAUGAAAAAAGGAUUAAAAGGUUUGCAUAUGAAUUGCAAAACAAAAUAAUAAUUAUAAUCUACUUAAUUAUCCCAUAAUUCAUAAAUUUAAGCACAAUAAUAGAAGAAAAUAAAACUAAUUCCUAAAAAAAAUUGA